AUGAUUCGGCGCUAUCUGGCCAGGCGGCUGCCAGACUAUCCCCUCACACCCCUCUCGCAAUCGAAAGCUGGUCCCUCCUCACGACCCUUCUCAGCCUCAUCGUCCUCCUCAUCGGUCCCUCCCUCUGGAUCCGACACGCCGCGACCAAAACCGCGCCGCAAGAAAGCAGACCCAUGGUCCACGCCCAGUUCCUCAUCUUCUCCAUUCCGGGACUUGGACCCGCUGGACCCACCCCGACCACCCCGGCGCAAAAGAGAAUCCACGCCCAUCCGCCUCCGAGCCGGACUGCUCUCCGAGAACAAGGCGUGGGAUACGGGCAGGGCACUGGGCGAGGCGCUGGCUAUGCGUGCGAGAGUUGUUGGGACUCUGGAUGGAUCUGAGGCGUCUGCCGCGUCUGCCGCGUCUGCCGCGUCUGUCCCGGUUUCAGCUCCUGCAGCGGUUGCAGCGGUUUCAGCGCCUGCAGUGUCUCCAGCGUCUGCAGCACCUUCAGCGUCUCCAGCGUCUCCAGCGUCUCCAGCGUCUACCGAGGACCGACCGCGGAAACGAGAUUACGGUUUAAAGGCAGAAUACGCGUCGCGAUCGUAUGUUGACUCUGCUGCUGCUGCUGCUGCUGCCUUUGGCGCCUCCGCCGUCCCCGUCACUUCGGCCUCAGCAACAGCACCAGACUCGCCCUUCCCCUCGGACACUGGCUCUGCCUCCGGCUCUGGCUCUGGCUCUGCCCCAGCCACAAGCUUCGGACUAAAGUCGGCGGCCGGCUUCGGCACGAACACGAACGACCCCAUGCGGCGCUCCCCACUCAUCGCCGAUGUCCCCGGCGCCCGGCCCGGAGGACCCGGAGGAGGGGGGGAGAGCUUUACGGCCAAAUACGGCUCUAUACUCGAUACUUGGGGACGGGAGUGGCGCAAGGUCGAUCUGACAUGUCCGCCGAGGGCUGUGAAUAAGAUUCCCAUCAAGCACGAGCAAUACGACUCGGUCGUCGCGCUCCGGGACGCGCAGACGUACAAGGGCCGAUUCUUCCUUGCGCGGCUGAAGCCGGGGCGUCUGCAGCGCUCGGGCCCAUUCACAGACAUGCAGCGCAUGUAUCGGGGCAAAUUGGGGCUGGUGCUCGAGGCGCAGAAGCGGCACCGGGCCGCGACAGCGGCCGUGGUCUCGGGCUCGGCUUCGAGUGCUCUCGAGGGCGUCUCUGAGGGUGUCUCUGAGGUGUCGCCCGAGGUGUCGCCCGAGGUCGUUGGGCUGACGCCGGAAGGCUCGAGACUGGCAUCGGCCUCUUCGGCCUCAUCGGUUUCGGCGGCAGGAGGGGUCGCAGGUCCAGAGACAAUGGCCGGCCUCGACCUCCCACCUCCCCGUGCACCAUCCGAGCCCUCCAUCUCCCUCACCAUCGUCGCGAACAAGCUGCGCGUGUCAAAACUGGCCGUAGAGCGUCGCCACGCCAUCAACCGUCUCCGCGCCGCAUGGACGCACGUCAUUUCCCAUUCGCCCGUCGCCCCAGUCUCGACAGAGCACUGCUACUUCCUCCACGUAGCCGAUGGGAGAGUGUAUGACGCUGUGCCCUUCUGGGAACUGUGCGAGGAGGCCGAGAGGGCCAUUACGAGCCUGGCGAGGGCUAUUGUGGCCCGGGAGAUGGGCGGGGAGAGACGCCGGAGUACGGGCGGAGGGGGGUAUAGGAGGGCAGGAGGGGAGGGGAGGAACGCGGAGAGGAGGGAUUUGGCCAAGAAGAAGCAGAUCUGGAGGGGGACUGGUGUCCACUAG